GAGACACUUGGCGCUGCUGCUUCCGGCUUCACUGCGCUGUUCCUUCUUUCUAAUAUCUCGGGCUUCACUGUGCUGAAGAUGCAACAUGGAUGAUCCGUUUUUCGUCGUUAAAGCUGAGGUGCAGAAAGCAUUGCAGAGGGGGCAGGGCCUUUGUGAGAGAUGGGCGGAGCUUAUACAGGAAGAAGAACCUGUGAGCCGAGAUGAACUCGAAUGGAGCAAAAAUGAACUUCGCAACUGUUUACGGGCUAUCGAGUGGGACUUGGAGGAUCUACAGGAGACAAUUAGUAUUGUACAGUCCAACCCUGGGAAAUUCCGUCUGUGUGAGAAUGAACUGCAGGAGAGAAGAGAGUUUGUGGAGCAAACACGCACUGCUGUACAGGAGAUGAAGCAGCAGCUCUCCAGUCCCUCUGCUGUUGCUCAGGCUGAGAAGAAGAACAGACAGGCUUUGUUGGACACACAGCAGUAUGCAGGUUUGGAUUCUCACCUGGUAUCAGCACAUUCGAGGUACAUUCAGGAGCAGCAGGAGCAGCAGCAGCUGAUAGCUCAGGAGCAGGAUGAGCAGUUGGAGCUGGUUUCCGGAAGUAUCCGUGUUCUGAAAGACAUGAGUGCCAGGAUUGGUGAUGAACUGGAUGAGCAGGCUGUUAUGCUGGGGGAGUUCAGUGACGAGAUGGAGCAGUCAAGUUCCAGAAUGGAUUCAGUGCUCAAGAAACUGGAGAAAGUUUCACACAUGACCAGCAGUCGGAGACAGUGGUGCGCUAUAGGUGCUCUCCUCAUCAUCCUCAUCGUCAUCGUCAUCCUCUUCUUUACUGUGUGAGAUACAGAACUCUCUUGCUGCGCAACAGGGAGACAGAGAGAAAGAGAGACAAGUGUGUCCUCCUCCACCCAGCAGACUGUUCUCUCUCUCUCUCUCUCUCUCUGUCUCUCUCUGUAUGUCUGUGUAUGAUUGAGAGAGUUUUUAGUGUUAAUAUUUUUACACUGCAGUGGUGUUGAAACCAAACAGUUACUGAACUAAGAGUUCUAAAUGAAACUUUUAUAUUAAAAUGGCAUUUAAAUCUUUUUUA